AUGACCCCUAGGCUGGGGCUUGCGCCGAGGAGAACCAGAGAAAGUACAUCCAAAGUUCGAACCGGAUGCAGUACUUGCAAAGCUCGUCGAGUAAAAUGCGAUGAAUUGAAACCUAUCUGUCAACGUUGUGUCAUCGGAGGUCGAAAAUGCGAGUACAACACCGCGCAUGCAGCACCACCUCGAAACGUGGUCACGGUAUAUCUGCCUCCUACGCAAAUUCAACCAGUUUCUUUCGUAAAUGACCGCGGUCUCGACUAUUUCCACCGGAAUCUUGUUUCGAAGCUAGAUGGACACUCCGAUUCUAAGUUCUGGAGCAAGCUUGUAAUGCAACUAUCACACUCCGAACCAUCAAUUCGACAUAUCGUAUCAGCUAUCAGCGUCAUUUAUCAAGACGUUGAAUCGUCUCUACGUCAUCCAGCGGGCUACGUUAAUGCCAAUCCCGAGGCUCAAAAGGAGUGGAACUCAGCCGUGAGGAGCCUGUCAGCUCGAAUUCAAGCGCACCCCAAUUCGAUCCUGGUACCUUUGGUUUGCUGCCUUCUGUUCACAUGUAUCGAGUUUCUCAGGGGCAAUGAUGAGAACUCUUUACUUCAUGUUCAAAGUGGAUUGAAUAUUCUAGCCGCGCUCCGUCACAGCAACGAUACAGCCCCGGGUCUAAGGUCUAGUGUUUCUUCCAACGAUCUUAAAGCCAUCGAAGAUCACAUCGUUCCUAUCUUCUCACGUCUAAAUGUACUCUGUUCUCUCGCUGGCAGGAUAACUCCGCCAGUAUACGCUCCUACAGCUAUAGAAGGCUCUCCCCAUGAAGAUCUUUGCGAUUCUAGACAACAGCUUUUUGAAGCCUCGGAUAUAUGUAUCCGAUUCAUUCACGACACCAUUCCUAAGGCAGCGAUGUUCCAAAUCGAUGUCGACGAUCUUGCUGAACAGUUAAAACUUCAGACAAGGCUAGACGCAUGGCGCGACCAGCUAGCCGAACUUCUUGAACGAAUGCAAGCAGCUGGCAACCCGGCGAAGCAGCACGCGCUUAAUAUGCUGUUGGUACACUACAAAGUCAUUUACAUUUGGAUCCGAGUCUGCACCACCGCUGGGGAAACGGCCACAGAUUCUUACUACACCGACUUCGAAGAGCUUGUGCAUUACGCGGAACAAAUCGCCAAGCCAGGCGUGGGAAUGGCAACGCCGCAACCGCUAUCUUUUGACAUGCAGAUCUUGGGGCCUCUGUACUUUACCGCACUGAAAUGCCGUUAUCCCGCUUUACGAAGACACGCGUUACAAAUCCUGCAAUUCGCGCCUCGACGGGAAGGGCUUUGGAACGCACAUUACGCCUACGUAACUGCCAAACGAAUUAUCGAGUUGGAGGAAAGGGAUCUCAACGGAGAAAAAUUGCCAGACGAGACUUCGAGAGUGCAUGGUCUCCCCCUACCCAAUGAUGGGUCGCGGAUCUACAGCAUGAGCAAGACACCUUUUAGCUUUCGGAAUUAUGACCACAAUUUUGUGACUAGCCCAGCUUAUCCAGGCAUGCUUAAAGCUGUGUUCCAGAAAAAGCCGUGGGGGCUGUUGGGACAGUGUCAGAUAAUCACAGAGUAUCUUAAGCUUUGA